UCCCCCGGGAGGGCAAAUCUCUCCGAAUGCGGGCGCAUGUCAAUCACCGGGCUCUCAUGUGAUGGCUCUUGCCGGUGACGUGCCAGCCAUAUGGGCGCUGGCAUCACAGCCUUAGCUGGUAUCCACAAUGUUGACGAGGCUUUUCAGUGACCCCUCGCUGCUUCCCGACGUGCAGAAAUACUCCGGCUGGGCGGAGGACAGCGAAGAUGAGGAUUCCAAGAUCAAAGACGAGGAACAGGACAACCAGGACGACAUGGAUGCCUCUGACCUGAGAGGAGGCAGCCGGACGCACUCAGAACACGCCGGGGAAGACGACGAGGACGACGAGGUGGAGGAAGAGGACGACGGAGAGGACACAGAGGGGGACAGACCCAAGAAAAGGGGACCCAAGAAGCGCAAAAUGACCCAGGCCCGGAUCGAGCGCUCCAAAAUGCGACGGAUAAAGGCCAACGCACGGGAGCGGACCCGCAUGCACGACCUGAACUCUGCGCUCGACAAUCUGCGUAAAGUGGUGCCCUGCUACUCCAAAACGCAAAAACUGUCCAAAAUCGAGACGCUGCGGUUGGCCAAAAACUAUAUCUGGGCCCUGUCGGAGAUAUUGCGCUCUGGGAAAAGGCCUGACCUUGUGUCCUACGUCCAGACGCUGUGCAAGGGACUCUCCCAGCCCACAACCAACCUAGUGGCGGGAUGCCUGCAGCUGAACUCCCGCAACUUCCUGACGGAGCAGCAGUGUCAGGAUGGGGGCAGGUACGGAUCCGGCUCCUUCUCCAUGCAUUCCUACCCCUACCAGUGUGCGCGUCUGUCCAGCCCCCACUGCCAGCCGGGCUCGAACUCGCACCCACUGAGGACGCACGGCUACUGCUCGGCUUACGACUCUCUGUAUGGUGGGAGCGGAUCCCCGGAGUAUAACAGCCCCGAGUAUGAGGGGCCCCUCAGCCCGCCCCUGUGCAUCAAUGGCAACUUUUCCCUGAAGCACCAAGGCUCUGCGUCCCCCGACAACGAGAAGGGGUACCACUACUCUAUGCAUUACUCCGGCCUGCCUGGCUCCAGACCCACCGGGCCCCACAACCUGGUGUUUGGCUCUUCGGGGGCCCGGAGCGGCAUUCACUCUGAAAACGUCCUGCCUUACCACGACAUGCACUUACACCACGAACGGGCCCCCGUGUACGACGAACUGAACGCGUUUUUUCACAAUUAA